AAGAUAAAGUUAGGCUCGGCACCGGGGGCUCAUCCGCAAGCCUGUGGACGCGAGUGAGUGAACACCAGCCGUAUUGUCCCGACUCCUGACCCCUACCGAUCCUCGCCUGCUGCAGCCAUGGCGACCUCCGCGGCGCUCUCCACCGCCGCCAAUCCCACCCAGCUCUACCGGUCCCGCGCUUCGCUGGGCAAGCCGGUGAAGGGGCUUGGCCUGAGCAUGGGCCGCGAGCGCGCCCAGCGGAGCAUUGUGUGCCAGGCGGCGAGCAGCAUCUCCGCCGACCGCGUCCCCGACAUGGAGAAGCGGAAGCUGAUGAACCUCCUCCUCCUCGGCGCCAUCUCGUUGCCCACCGUCGGCAUGGUCGUCCCCUACGGCGCCUUCUUCGUCCCUGCCGGCUCCGGGAACGCCGGCGGCGGGACCUACGCGAAGGACAAGCUGGGCAACGACAUCACGGUGGAGGCGUGGCUCAACACGCACGGUCCCAACGACCGCACGCUCGCGCAGGGGCUCAAGGGUGACCCCACGUACCUGGUGGUGGAGCAGGACAAGACGCUGGCCACCUACGGGAUCAACGCCGUGUGCACUCACCUCGGCUGCGUCGUGCCGUGGAACGGCGCUGAGAACAAGUUCAUCUGCCCCUGCCACGGAUCCCAGUACAACAACCAGGGCAAGGUGGUCCGUGGACCGGCGCCUCUGUCGCUGGCCCUGGUUCACGCCGACGUCGACGACGGCAAGGUCCUCUUCGUCCCGUGGGUGGAGACCGACUUCAGGACCGGCGAGGACCCAUGGUGGAAGGCAUGAGGAUGAUCCGGAACCAGCGGUGCUCAGUGCUCACACAUGAGACCUAUGUAUGCCUCCGUUCCUUGUGAUGAGGAAAUAGGCUUGCGUUCGUUCUCCGUGGGCGUUGUUCCUACAAAUUCACUUGCUCUUUGUCUCUCUCUAUAUAUACACACUGUAUAAAACAAGAACACCUGUUUAUCAUCUCUUCUUAUAUAACCUUUUGAACACUGU